CCCCCACUGCCUGCGUGCCCUACCAAGAUGGCGUCCUCAUCAACCCGUCGAACCGGCUGGCACUAGUAGGAGAGUGCCUGGACAUGUGCCAAGAAAACAUGACAUACAGCUGGCAGGUUUUCGACGACUUGGGCAAGCCUGUCAAGGAGGUGGACACGCUAUGCGGACCAACCGCAGAUUGCGGUGCUGUGUUCAUAACGGCCAAGACAGUGAAGGACUUGGCCAUCGGGGCGAGGUUUUUCGCCAUCAACCCAAGCAUCGGGAGAUUCCGGCUGAAGCUGACUAUGGGGACGCCAGCCAAGAUCUUCGGGUAUUCCCAGGCCUUGAUCAUCCUAAACCAGGCGCCGCUGGGAGGCGUGUGCACGAUCUCGGGAAGUUACGGCAAGGCGCUGGUGGACAAUUUCCCGACCUCCUGCAACAACUGGAAAGACGCUGAAAACGCCGGAAUCUCCAGCUAUGUCUUUUACACGUAUCAGGACAAACCGACGGGUCAGGUGAAGAACACCAUCGCCGCCGCCGCCCUGAGCAGCAUCAACAUCAUUUUCCCCGUGGGCUACUUCGAGGUCAGGUGCGAGAUCUGGGACACGUUCAACGCCUUCACGGACGUCCACAUCGGGUUCGUGAAUGUGACCAUGCCGACUGAGGAGGAGGUGCUUUUGUACAACAUGUCCGAGAAGAUGGAUUAUUUGUCAGCGGUGGGAGACCAGACGACCCUCGGGAUGGUCAUCGUGGCCUCCAGUUCGAUUCGCGAAAACGCCGACUGGCUCUCCCUCGACGAAUCGGCCAUGGGGAAUCUGACGGAAGAUGAGCAGUUAUCAAGACUCCGCGACAUCACGGGCAUGAACAAGAAUUCGCUCGAUCUUGCGCUCGAGUCGAUGAGCUUUGCCACACUGUCUCAGAUCAACGUGGGCGCUGGCAUCAUGGAGUCGUCCGUCAGUGGCAUCCUUACGUCGGACCUUGCAGCCUACACCGUUGACUUAGAGACGAGGGAGUCGGCGCUCAACCUCUUGGAUAAAAUGACAAACACACUGGACGAUGUGACCGUCGCCUCUCCGUACGAACUCCAACCUUUCUUGACAGCUUCCAUGAACACAAUGAGCGCCCUCAUGACGGGUUUGAAUAAGAUCAUCGAAAAUCCCGAGAAGGUUUGCCCGACAGAUCAAGACGCGGCCGGCGACUGGGACUACAACGUAGACCUCGGCGAUGACUUAUUGAUGGACGUCCCCCUUGACCGCGACGCGCAACUGAAGCAGAAUGUCUACGACACCACGAGGUUGAAGGCCAAGCAGCAGGUUGACAAGAUGAUGGGCCUGGUUGACAAAAUUAGCGAAAAGGUCAAUGAAAAGUGCGUUGUGGGCGAGACAGUGAAGGCCAAAUCAGAAAGCGGAGCGUCCAUUGUUGUUUCCAAGCUGACUGAAGAAGUGUUGUGGAGGGGCAUGCUCGUUGACCCUGGGGAUGAAUUUAAUGCAUCUGUCAAAUUUCCAGAACUAUUUUGCCCUUCCCGAUACAACACACCAAACACAAGGUGCAAAGAGGAGUUCUCCAUGACAGUUGUAGUGUGGCCAUGCAUUACGCAUGUGUUCCCCGCGUCCAAAGAGCUGCUCACCAAUCGGACUAAAGUCAUUAGCAUUGAUAUUGCAGUCAGAAGUGAAAAAAUCGAUGUUAAGAAUGAGACGAAUCCGAUCAUCCUCGAAAUUCCUCGCGAUCCUCAGACUCUCCCAAAUCCAUUGCACGUGAACACCAAGGACGUGAUCAAUGCCCAUUUGCCAAUAGUGUACCAUUCUUUCAACAUCACGAGGGAAUCUUCAGCUUUUACCAUUGACGUGUUUCCAGUGGACAGCCUUCCUUCGCAGAUGGUGCUUAUGAUUGGCUAUGAAAGGAUGCCUACUCCUUCGAAUUACAGUAGCAUUCACUUGAUUAGAGAUUUCCCCGAAGGCGAGAAUAAUUCCUAUACCUUCUUCGUCAACACCAAAGAUAAUAAGAACAGGGUCGGGAGAUUCUUCUUGGGCAUGGCACUCCUGAAAACCGGAGUCUCCAUCAGCAGUCUCUCCAGCGAAAGGCCUCUGACGAAAGAGGAUUUAGUAGAAGAUUUCGACACGUCUUACAGACUUCGUGUAUAUACAUCAGGCUGUUAUUUCUUCGAUGAAGUACUGGAGGAGUGGUCUGGCACGGGCCUGAACGUAGUGAGUGCCACUCCCAGAAUCACCACUUGCGAGACGAGGCACUUGACACCCUUUGGAUCAGGAUACUUUCCCGCCCCGAACACUGUGGACUUCGAUUUCAUAUUUGCCAAUGUUGGAUUUAAUGAUAACCUGACGCUGUACAUGGUUCUGAUUAUAACAUUCGUGUGUUAUGUGAUUAUGAUGAUCUGGGCUCGGUUCAUGGAUAAGAAAGACAUAGAACAUCGUGGUGUGUUACCCCUCGAAGAUAACCAACCUCAGGACAAGUACCUGUAUGAGAUCACGAUCACCACCGGGCCGGACAAAGAAGCCGGAACGAAUUCCAACAUCCAGUUCAUGGUCUCGGGAGAAUAUGCCGAGACGGACGUGAGAAUCCUGCCGGAGUCAGAUGGAAAGCGUUUCCAUCGGUACAGUGUGGAUGCCUUCGUCAUGAGCACUCCGGGACCUUUGGGACAUAUCAGUUAUCUCCGCGUUUGGCAUGACAACAGUGGCAACCCGCCAUUUGAUUGCUGGCAGCUGCAGUCGGUCGUCAUUCGGGACCUGCAGACAAGAAAAAAGUUCGUCUUCCAAGUGAAUAACUGGCUGGCACUAGACAGAGGCAAAAUGACUGUGGACUUGCUGCUCUCGCCCUCGGAGUCUGAGGAAGGCAAGUCCUUCACCGAGGAUUUCUAUGUGAAGGGACACAGGAAUGCAAAUGAAGGCCACAUUUGGAUGUCUAUAUUUCUGCGCCCAACUGGCUCAAGGUUCAGCAGGAAAGAGAGGGUGACCGUGUGUGCUUUCUUCCUUUAUGUCUCAAUGCUACUUAAUGCUGUGUGGUACAAAUCCCAAGUAGAGAGUCCUCGCAGCGGUCUCUUCAACUUUGGUCCUAUAACAAUCUCCAUGGAGCAGACGGUGACAGGCAUCUUCACGGCCAUCGCUGUAUUCCCUGUUGUCAUGCUGUUCAUCUUCAUCUUCAAAAGGGCGAGGCCGUACAAGCUCAAAAAAUGCCGAGCUCUUGAGGCCUUUGCCAAGAGCCGAAAGCAAGCCGGUCUGCCCGUCACCCACGACGACGGCCCUGUCAGCACCUACGACUCAGACUCGGUCGACUCCAAGAACCCGAGCAAGGACCCAAGCCCCGUCAAGUGCCUGCCUUGGUGGACGCGCCUCGUGGCCUGGAUCCUGCUCCUGGGCCUCAUCGGCGUCUCAGUGUUCUUCGUGUGGUCCUACGGCGUCAUGUGGGGCGAAACCAAGACGGUGAAGUGGUGCUCCUCCUUCAUCACCUCCUUCUUCAUUUCCCUCCUGAUGUCGCAGUGGAUCAAGGUCCUCAUCAUGACCACCAUCGGCGCCGCCUGCUGCAAGAAGAUGGACAACGUCACGGAAGACAUCGACUGCGACGAGGAACUUCCGGCUCUGAAGAUCGACGAGGCCUGGAAGAAGCCGAAGCCGCUCGACAGCACCAUGUCGCGCAAGGUGCACCGAGUAGGAGGCGUGGACCCGAAGGAAACCGACGUGGCUGCGCUCGCGUCGCGCCUGACGAAGGAGAGGGAGAUGGGCUUCGUGAUCAGAGACAUCGGCGCUUACUGCUUGUUCCUUCUGCUGCUCUACGUGCUGGUGUCGGGUCGGACGGACGAAAACGCCUUCCUCCUGCAGGACCACAUGAGAAAUGUGUUUAUUAAAGAAGGGAAUAUGGAUUUCGAUUUCAGUACGAAGGUCGUCACAGGAGACCACUUUUGGUUCUGGAUGCGGAACGUGAUGCUGAAGGAACUUCGGGCCCAGAGGUGGUACAACGACGAGCCGCCCUAUGGGUUGCGAGGCUUUUUAGGUGACAGGAACAACAGGAUAAUGGGCUAUGCUAUCCUGCGUCAAGUGCGGUCCGACUCAACCAGGUGCAAAGUCGUGAAACCCAUGGACACGCUAGUCAAGUCCUGUUCGGGCUCUCGCGGGAUCCUCGACGAAGAGUAUAGGGACUACUGCGCACACUGGAAGGUUAAUGCCACAUUUAGCGGCGCUUGCCAGUAUCCUGAAUUCCAUUACCAGACAGCGGGAGAGCUGCAAACUUACCCUAUGGUGGGGUAUCUGGGCACCUACGGUGGUGGCGGCUACGUUGUUAGGCUAAAGGGAGCACAAAGUGACAUCACCGACAGGCUACUCGUGCUACAAAAGCUCAACUGGAUUGACAGGUGCACUCGUGCAGUUAUGUUGGAGUUUUCGACUUUCAAUGCGAACAUCAACCUCUUCGCAACGGCCAGUGUAAUCGCCGAGUUCAACGAGGGAGGAGGCAUCGUCCCAAAGUGGCGAUUCGAACCUAUAAGGCUCCUCCCCAAAAGCGGAGCCACAGGGUACAUCGUUACCCUCUCAGAGAUUAUCUUCGUCGUGUGUACCGUCAUCUUCACCUUGAAAGAACUAUGGAAAAUCAAGAAGCAAAAGUGCUCCUAUUUUGCAUCCUACUGGAACAUCGCCGAGAUCUGCAUUCUGAUAACUUCCUACGCUACUGUCGGGGUUUAUGUCUACAGGUAUCUCCUUACACAAGAAGCCCUAGAAAUCUUUGAACAAACGUAUGGCAAUGGUUACAUCAGGCUCGACUCCGCUGCUCUCAUGGAUCAGUUCUAUCUGUACCUGGUUGCCAUCAUCUGCUUCUUCUCGACCCUAAAGCUCAUCAAGCUCUUGCAAUUCAACAAGAGGAUGGACGUCUUGGCUCUCACCAUCAGACUCUGCUGGGAUGAACUCUCCAUCUUCUUCGUUGCUUUCGGGAUCAUUUUCUUCGCUUUCAGUUGCCUCUUCUACUUCAUGUUCCUCAUGCAGCUCGAGGAGUUCGCGAGAUUUAUCGCCGCCAUCGAGACCUGCUUCAAGAUGAUGCUCGGCAAGUUCAAUUUCGAGGCGAUGAACAUUGCCAAUCCCAUGUCUCCUAUCUUGUUCUUUGUGUUCUCCGUGGUAAACAGCAUGAUUCUCAUCAACAUCAUGCUUACUAUCAUCCUGAAGGCCUUCAACGACGUCAAGGUAGACCUCGCAAACCGCGAGAACAAAUACGACGUCAUUGACUUCGUGUGGUCGUCCGUGAGACGCACAUUGCGAGUGGAAGAGCGACCGCCGCACCACGUCACCCCCGACGUCGAAGAAAAGGCAGCCAAAAUGAAAUCCCAACCAACCUACGGUGACUCACAUGAACUGCCAGAUAAGGUAUCUCAGCUCAUGAAGUACAUCGGCGACACUUACUUCGACGGCCGCCUGGACCUCAACGACUCCAUGGCCAUGAAGCAGAUGAUGGGAGGGAGGAUGCGCACCGCCAAACGGUCGAAUUCCAAGAGGAACGUGCUGUCCAGUGACUAAAGGGUUGAAUGACGGAUUGCCUAAAGUUUGCCGCAUCGUCAGCUGAAGUCCCAAGUGGCUGGGAAUAAUAAAUAACCAACCCUCUCCUUUACCCCUUCACACACCCACACUCCUUGCUGCAAAAACUCAAAUGUUAACGAUGAUGUAGACAUAGUGUGUUUUGGUUUGAUAUAUAUGUGAUAUAUAUUGAGUUGUGUGUAUAUAUAGUAAUAAUAUAUAGUAAUUAUCUGUGGUACAAUCCCUAGCUAAUCAGGUAUUUUCAUUUCACUUAUUGAAAAAUUGUCAAUUGUUACAGAAUUUCUUUAGAAUAAUAUAUUAUUUCCAAGGGACUGUUUCCAACAUCUCGCAUGACGUCCAUAAUUUAAGAAUACACACAAAACAAUGAAGAAUUAACAUGAAGUGAUUUUCAGCAGUAACAGGUAUUACAGCAUCUUUACUUAAUGCUGUCAGAAACCAAAUGGCUGUUCCUUUUACCACUGAUAUCUGGUAAUCGACAUUGCCCAUCUACUUCAAAACAAGAAAAAAAUAAACCAUUAAACGACAAAAGGACGAGAAGUAGCCCCGUAUCAAGUGUACUGUACCUCGCCACAAUUCCUAUUGUUAGCCCCUGGAAUAGUUGAUAAAAGGGGAGGUUUUAAAAGCUCAUGUUUAUAUCCUAUUUUUGGUUUAUACCUACUACAUUUAUUUUCUUGUCAUUAUUACUUACUUAUACCUACUAGAAGGCUGUUCAAUCAAAAUAUGAUACAAGUGAAAUAAAAUCACAACAGAACAGAAAAGUGAUAUAAGUAUUCAAUGAAAUUAGAUGCAGCCUAAAAAGUAAAUUGAAAAAAAUGCCAUUACGAUUCAUCAACACAACUUUAGCUGAUGUAAGAAAGGGAAACUGAGAAAAUUAUUUUUUUUAGACGAAACGUUCGAUAUUGAAAAUUAUGCUCUAUGCCAUUAUGCUCCGUAAAUGGCGGGAAAACAUGCCCUUCGUUUCCCGUCCAUUUAAAAAAAAAAGUAAAUUCACAUUACCUAAAACUGGUUAUAAAAUUUCCCCUUCCAAAUACUUCAGCUUGAGACUUCAUUCAUGAAAUUGUUGUUAUUAUCUCACUGAAAAAUAAGAUAGGAAGAAAGUAUAGUAAAAAUUAUUUUUGUUUUUGUUUGUUUUCUCUUUUUAUCUUUUCUUUUUUGACUCGUAGAACGUUUAUCUACAUAGAAUUACCUGUUUUUUUUCUUACUGUUUACUUCAUCUUUUUUUUUUUUUCUUUAAAACGAG